UAAAUUAAACAUGGGUUUAGUAAAGUUAAAGCAGAUAGUAGUUGGUGUUGGGCUUCUUACUGUGGUGGUAUUCUGCUACACCAUGGUCUUCAUGUUGCCCAAAACUGAGACUGUGGACAUUCGUGGCUUUUUCGAACACAGACACGACACUUUGCCGGCAAAUUACGUUAAACCAAUUAACGGCUUCAAACCGGCUGAAACUGGUAUAGAAAAGAUACCACCAGCACCACAAUUAGACCAGCAUGUCGUUUUCAAUCCAAAAGAUGCCGGCCAGCGAAGACAGUUUGAAACUUACCAAGAAAAACAUGAAAAUGCAAUAAAUGAAGCUAAUCAGGUUAUGAACAUGAAAAAGAAGAUUGAAGAAGACAAGAGGAGGGUUGCAGAGGAGCAAGCUAAGGAGGAGAAAGAUAAACUAAUGGAGCAACUGAAGAAAGGAUCUUCUGCUCUUGGAACAAUAUCAGCGUAUGAUAAUACGAGAGGAAAUCCUACAGACCCCGAUAUUAUAGAGAAAAGAGAAUCUAUCAAAAAUAUGAUGAAAUUGGCUUGGAAAGGUUACAAGGAUUUCGCAUGGGGGGCAAAUGAGUUACGUCCAAUCUCAAAAUCCCGUCAUUCUGCCAAUAUUUUUGGGAGCGCCGACACAGGAGCCACCAUAGUAGACGCACUGGAUACUUUAUACAUCAUGGGAAUGCAUAAGGAAUUCAAAGAAGGGGCAGAAUGGGUCAUGGGUCUAAAUAUGAACUCUAGAACAGAUAUUUCUGUAUUUGAAGUAAACAUUCGAUUUAUUGGUGGUUUACUAUCUGCCUACUUCCUUUCUGGUGAUACAACAUUGUUAAACCAAGCGAAAAUCAUAACUGACAAACUGCUGCCUGCAUUUAAUACAGCUACUGGGAUCCCAUAUGCUCUUAUCAAUCCUACAACGGGUAAUGUGAAGAACUGGGGAUGGGCUUCAGGGGGAAGUUCUAUUUUAUCGGAGUUUGGAACUCUACAUCUUGAGUUUUCUAUGCUAAGUAAAGCUACAGGGAAUCCUGUUUAUUUGGAAAAAGUCGUUAAAAUUCGUGAGUUUUUACGAAAGGCUGACAAACCAAAUGGUCUUUAUCCAAAUUACAUCAACCCACAAACUGGAGCAUGGGGUCAACGCCAUGUAUCCGUUGGUGCCCUUGGCGAUAGUUUUUACGAAUAUCUUCUUAAAUCCUGGGUGUUGUCGGACAAAACAGAUGUUGUAGCAAGGCAAAUGUAUGAUGAAGCUGUCGAAGCCAUAGAAAAGCAUGUAAUGGGAAAAUCCCCUGGGGGCUUGACUUACUUGGGUGAAUGGCGUUCCGGUCGACUUGAGCCAAAGAUGGGUCACCUGACGUGUUUCGCUGGGGGUAUGUUUGCCCUGGGGGCUGAGGGGUCAAAGGAUAAAGACCAUUACAUGAAACUUGGGGGCGAGAUUGCUCAUACAUGUCAUGAGUCUUAUGACAAAGCAACGUUAAAACUUGGACCAGAAGCUUUUCAUUUAUCUGGGGGCAACGAAGCCACCGCAUUACGUGCCAAUGAAAAGUAUUAUAUACUAAGACCAGAAGUUAUAGAGACUUACUUUUAUAUGUGGAGACUUACUAAGGAUCCAAAGUACAGACAGUGGGGCUGGGAUGCAGCACAGGCACUAGAGAAGAAUUGUCGUACAGAGAACGGAUACACUGGUAUAAAAGAUGUAUAUGCAGCCAACCCACAGUAUGAUGAUGUACAACAGAGUUUCUUCCUUGCUGAGACUUUAAAGUACCUAUAUCUCUUGUUUUCUGAUGAUGACCUGCUUAACUUAAAUGAAUGGGUGUUUAAUUCCGAAGCUCAUCCGUUGCCGAUUAUUAAGCAAUCAUAACAUAAAAAUAUUAUAAAAUAUUUCUGGAAAUCGUUAAAUUCUCGUGACGCGGUCCAAUGGUCACUAUUAUGAUGUUAUAGACCAUUGUUCGAGAACAAAGGGUGUCGUCAGAAUUUUAAUUUUUGUCUCGUUUUAAUCCGAUUUGUUCUAUUUUUUUUGCUUUUUCAUUUAAUUAUAAUUAUUUGCCUUUUUUCGUCAUUUUUGCGCAAAAAAUGAUUUUACGCAACAAAAGUUUUUUUUUAGUUUUACACCUUCAAAAAUAUGGUAUUAAUUGAAAUAUUUUUUAUGUCACAUAGCAGAGCAUUUGUGACAUAUUUGGGUGGUCACCAACAGGGCAAAAACUGGUUAAAACAUGGGUAUUAGGCAUAGGCGCCAAACCUGGGGUGGCAGGGUAGGCUGGCAUACUCCACAAUUUUUUGCACCAAAUUAAUCGGUAAAAUUAAAACCAAAUUUGUUUUAUAGGAGUGUGUCAACUAUCCCUGCCUCCCCUGUGUUUUAAAAUGUUUGGUGCCUAUUAUACUAUAUAUGAGUAUUAAUAUUUAAUCCUCUGUUUUUAGAAAAAGUUUUUAUUUGGGAUUAACUUAACUUGUAGUGUUCUAAUAUCUUGCCUCACAAUAUAAGGUUUGCACUAAAGAGAUAAAUGUCUGUUUCAAAUCUCUUUAUUUAAUGGUAUAUAAUGUUUAUUCCAGAAAUGCUUAUUAUUGAAUAGAAUGGUAUGGCCAUUUUACGGAGUUGGCAAACUUUUUUUUUCUAAAAAUUAAAUUUUAAUUAAAAUAGUGAAAUUUUAAAAGUUGCAAAAAAAGUCUUAGUGUGUUAUUAGUAAGACACACUUGAGACCUGGGAUGUAGGCUUAUUGGUCCUAGUCUAUUCUAUGAGGGUGAGGUCUUCAGUGAGGCACACCUGAGACCUCCAAUUACUUACACAUAAAUCACUAUACUCUGUAGAAUGGCCAUUCGUUAAGGUUUUGGUGCUCUUAUGGUAUUUGAAUUUGCACAUUUUACAAAUACCUUUACAAAAUAAGACGCAAAAAAAUCGCGAUUUUUUUACAUUCUAUAAUACUUUGUCAACCUGACCAAACUAUUUUAACGUACAGUUAUUCUGUCCCACAGUAUUUUUUCUGAUUAGUAUCCCGUUUAUGUAUUAUAAAUAGUAUAUUCAGAGUUUUUGAGAAAUAACUUCAUUACAUUAGAGCACAUACUUAAUUCUUCACUAUUUUCCUAACCGGCAAAUUCAAUAUAAUAUAAACUUAAUGAUGAAAAAUGCAUUUCACCGUUUUACCAUUUCCACAUGACUUUUGUCUCUUGGUUGAGUUAGAUUUAGAUUCUUUACUACAGACUCACCACUGUGAACUACUUUUUUCGGAACUGCAGUUCGAUUUUUAAAACUGGUCUGAAAAAAUCAUCUAAAUGUUUUGAGCUUGUGCCUUAUUAAAUGUAACCGUGUUUAUUUUGUGCUGCCUUUUACUUAAAAUAUUGAAAUACCAAAUAUAUUGAAUGGUGAACAAAUGUA